UUUCGAAAAUACACAGACCACACAAUCUGAAGAUGGAUGAGUUCUACAAAGCCAAAAAAAAGACUUUGAAGGAGACUUCAAAAUCAAAGAAGAAGAAAUCUCAUGUAACAACUAAACCUAACGAUGGUCUUGAAUAUAGCAAGGAAGAGAUGACGUUGCGGGAAUUUGACAUGAAUACGGCGUAUGGACCAUGUUUAGGAAUGACUAGACUAGAACGAUAUGAACGUGCACGAAAAUGGGGAUUGAAACCUCCACCCAAAAUUGGGAUGAUUUUGAAAGCUUUUAAUGUUGAUAAAGAGUGCUUGUUGCACGACCGCUUAGGGUUCUUUGAAAAAAAGUUCUAAUCAGUAAUAUAGUUUAUGGUUCAACUUCAUAUUAUUAAUGUUCUGCUCGGAAUUUUGCCACUUAAUUAAGAGGAUACUGCUGGUCAUGUUAUUUUCA